UACUGCAGGAUGAUUUUUUGUAUGAGUAAACAUCCUUCCAAUAACAAUCAGACCGAUAAUGUCUUAAAAAGAGGAAAAGGAUCUACAUUUAGGUUUUCUUCUUCUUAUAUGGACUAUUUCUGGAUACAGGACCUUAAGGUAACAUGUUGACUGUCCAUAAAAUGCAUUUUAGCAUCUUCCUCCUGUUGUGGGGAUGGAUUUUAUCCACUGAGUGCAGAACCCACCGACAAGGAAAAGAAAUACAUGAGGUAUACAAAAAAGGCAGCCGGCCGCAGCGGCAGAGACGGGAAGCCCAUGGCGAGGCGCACAAGCAAGGCAGCCCAAUCUUAAAACGAAGCCCUGACAUCACCAAAUCUCCCCUGACGAAGUCAGAGCAGCUGCUGCGAAUAGAUGACCAUGACUUCAGCAUGAGACCAGGUUUUGGAGGCCCUGCAAUUCCUGUUGGGGUGGAUGUCCAAGUUGAAAGCCUGGACAGUAUUUCUGAGGUGGACAUGGACUUCACCAUGACGCUUUAUCUGAGGCACUACUGGAAAGAUGAGAGGCUGUCCUUCCCCAGCACCAACAACCAAAGCAUGACCUUUGACGGCAGACUGGUGAAGAAGAUCUGGGUUCCUGACAUGUUUUUUGUUCACUCCAAGCGUUCCUUCAUCCACGACACCACCACAGACAAUGUCAUGCUGCGGGUCCAGCCAGAUGGGAAGGUACUUUAUAGCCUCAGAGUUACAGUAACAGCAAUGUGCAACAUGGAUUUUAGUCGCUUUCCCCUGGACACACAGACAUGUUCCCUGGAGAUUGAAAGCUAUGCCUACACUGAAGACGACCUUAUGCUCUACUGGAAGAAUGGGAACGAUUCCCUAAAAACAGAUGAGAGGAUAUCACUGUCCCAGUUCCUCAUUCAGGAGUUUCACACCACCACGAAGCUUGCCUUUUACAGCAGCACAGGGUGGUACAAUCGCCUUUAUAUAAACUUCACUUUACGUCGACACAUCUUCUUCUUCUUGCUUCAAACCUACUUCCCUGCCACCCUCAUGGUCAUGUUGUCCUGGGUGUCCUUCUGGAUCGAUCGACGAGCAGUUCCUGCCAGAGUACCGCUAGGGAUAACCACUGUGCUGACCAUGUCCACGAUCAUCACUGGGGUGAAUGCCUCCAUGCCUCGUGUUUCCUACAUCAAAGCCGUGGACAUUUACCUGUGGGUCAGUUUUGUGUUUGUCUUCCUCUCGGUGUUGGAAUAUGCAGCUGUGAAUUACCUGACAACAGUGCAAGAGAGGAAGGAGAGGAAACUGCGGGACAAGCCUGCCUGUGCAUGCAGCCUACCUCAGCCUCGGGCCAUGAUGAUGGACGGCAGCUACAACGAUGGGGACGUGAAUGAGCUGGGGCACUACAUGUCUGAGAACGGAGACAAACAGGACCGAAUGAUGGUGCAGCUGGCGCUGGGGUCUGAGAGGGGCUCGGGCAGGAGGAAAAACCAGAGAUACGUCAGCAUGCGGAUCGACACCCAUGCCAUCGACAAGUACUCCAGGAUAAUAUUCCCUGGUGCAUACAUUCUAUUUAAUUUGAUAUACUGGUCCAUUUUUUCAUAGGUAUUCAUAACUUCUGUAGUCACAGAGCAUUGUGACAUUAAAUGAAAGUACAGUCUUAUAGGCUAACAGAAAGAAAAUAGAGAAUUGUUUUAAUUGGAAGGAAGAUUGACUUUUUUCAAGAUUUAAUUUUUUUAUUAGAGGCAACUCAUUUGUGGCAUAAAUAAUUGUGCAAGUUUCACAUGUCAGCAAAAUAUAGGAUAUACAAUCUAAAAUUUUAUACUUAUUUGAAGUUGUGCUAUGUUCCUUCUUGUGCCUCGCAGGCCACUGUAAACUAUUUUAACAAGUGACUAUAAUUGCCAGUUGCUUAUAUAUGGUGCAUCCUCCAUUUUGUGCUCCUGAAAUCCUAAUUCUCUGAGUAUCUGAGCACAUGCAUACAUCUCUCAACUCAGUAGACUUAUCAUGUUCAAUACCAAUAAAUACAAGAAAUGCAAAUACUUGCAUGUUUGCAGGAUGAGGUCAGAAAUGGUAAUUACAAA